AAAUCUUAAAGGGUUUUUGAAGUCCAGAUGCUUCAAUGUUCUGAUGUAGCUGUGGAUGGAUGAGACUCCACCAGUAUUGACGAGGGGACUUGGACAUCCUCCUAUGGACAGGACUUGACAUCCUCGUAUAGGACAUAUAUUUCUACGCAUGUAGUUAGGAUCAUUCCUUCCGGGUUGGUAUUCUCCAGAGAUUUCCCCCUGAGAAAAUGAGAAAUCAUCCAGGAUUAAUGCCCACCAAUGCUAUCCUCUACACAACUUUAAUUAACGAACGGAUAUUAGGGGCUGAGGCCAAAUUAGCCUAUGCCCAAAAACACAGUUUGGCUGAGAGGGAUCUAAGAAUGAGGAUCAACAAACAGUUUGAUAACGUCCGCAGUGUCCUACCAAACUUGAUCAAAAGUUUGGUUUAUUCGGAGAAUGGAGGGUUGGUGAAAGCAACAUUCAGUUGUGAUGAUAGGAGAGAGCUGGUAUCUGAUCUGACUAGGACAAUGGAGUUGGUGAAGGGGCAGGCGGUGAGGGCUGAGAUGGUGGUGGUCGGUGGGAGGACUAAGGGUGAGGUGUGGGUGAAGGGGGUUGGUGGAAAUGAAGAGAUACAGGUGGUUAAGAGAGCUUUGCAGAUGGUUGUGGAUGGGCCUGGUUCAUAUGAGAACAAGAAGAUGCACUAUUUUGCUCAUUGAUGGCAAUAAUGCCAAAGAAAGGUGCAUUUGAGAUUGCUUUCAUGAUACUUUUUCAUAUAAUUAUACACAAUUAAAAUUUUACCAUCAUGUGAAAUAAAGGUGCAUUUAAUUA